AUGGAGGAAAUUGAGGAAGUAUGGAGGAAAUUGAAGCUGACUGAUGAGGAGGAUUGUCCGAUUGAGGUCGGACAAGGUGUUCAUGGCUCGAUGGAUCUGAAGGGGAGAAGAAGUCUGAUAGGGAAGAUAAUUUCUGAACGUAUAAUCGGGAGGGAAGUUGCUAGAUCUAUGAUGGAAAAAGUAUGGAAGGUUGGUAAGCCUCUGGAAUUUCAAGAAAUUGGAGGUAAUUGCUUUGGGAUUACUUUUGUUAAUCGAAGUGAGAAGAUGAAGGUUCUCGAUGGCUGUCUAUGGUUAUUUGAUAAUCACUUAUUUGUGCUACUUGAUUUUGAUGGUGGAAUGCAACCUUGUCUGUUUAACUUUGAUCAUGCUCAUAUGUGGGUGCAAAUGUUAAAUCUGCCUUUGAGUUAUAUGAAUAAACAGAUGGGAGAACUAAUUGGGAGUUCGAUAGAGAAGGUUAUGGAGGUUGAUGUACAGGAAGAUGGCUCAGCUUGGGGGAGAUGCUUGAGUGUGAAGGUAGAAUGUGAUUUGAGAAGAUCUGUAGCUCGAGUUAGGACCAUUGUUGUGGAUGGAAGGACGAGCUGGGUACCUUUCCAGUAUGAAAAGUUGCCUAGGUUAUGUUUUAAUUGUGGAAGAAUUGUCCAUGGAAAAGAGGGGUAUAAGGAGAGUGAAGGAAGUGUAGGUCAGUAUGUUGUGUGGCUUUGA